CAAACACCGUCACGGCGCUGAACAGUUCUCCUCCGUCCCCCGUUUGGCACAGAGAGGCAUGAAUUCAAACGUUGAAAACUUGCCCCCACACAUCAUUCGUCAGGUCUAUAAAGAAGUCUCCACUCUGACAUCUGACCCUCCAGAAGGAAUAAAGAUCAUUCCAAAUGAAGAAGAUAUAACUGAUGUCCAAGUUAACAUUGAAGGACCAGAAGGCACUCCAUAUGCAGGAGGUAUCUUUCGAAUGAAGCUGAUUUUGGGCAAAGACUUCCCAGCAGCACCACCAAAGGGAUACUUCCUAACAAAGAUAUUCCAUCCAAAUGUUAGCACUAAUGGAGAGAUCUGUGUAAAUGUGCUAAAGAAAGACUGGAAAGCUGAGCUAGGCAUAAGGCAUGUUUUGCUGACAAUAAAGUGUUUGUUGAUUCAUCCGAACCCAGAGUCAGCACUGAAUGAGGAGGCAGGGCGCCUCUUACUGGAGAACUAUGAAGAGUACGCUUCCCGUGCAAGGCUUAUGACUGAAAUCCACGCCCAGGGUUCCAGCUUAAGGGGCAAGGAUCCUACAGACCCAUGCUCCUCUGCCUCAGCCACACUUGUCAGUGGGGAUGGACCCAUGGCAAAGAAACAUGCAGGAGAUAGGGACAAGAAACUUGCAGCAAAAAAGAAGACAGACAAAAAGAGAGCUCUCCGGAGGCUUUAGCACCAGUGAUAAACAUUACCAAAGGGCAGGAGGGAUGGUUGGAGAUCAUGAAUGGAUCUUGCAUAUGAACUUUUAAACUGGGUGGGUGGGACGCAAGAGGAAACUUGGGGAGUCAAUUAAAAUCCAUAUUCUUUCCUCGCUUUGUUUUUUAAAGGCCUGCUUUUGUUAGUUUUUCCCAGUCUUAAGUUAUUUAACUUAUAAAACUAUUAAAAUACUUUUUCUUAA